UUCUGGCGCGUCAGGGCAGCGCGAUUUCUGCAUCUUUUUUUCCGCGCUGCUGGUGCGUAGGAGGAGGUGGAGAUUGUGGUGGCGGCGACGGCGACCCGGAAGAGUCCCGCGAAAGACAGACGGGUCGGUGAGAGCGCUGCAGCGCGGUACUCCCGGCGACUCCCCCCGCCCUUAGGCGGGCCUGAUUGUGUACACUACGCCAAGGAGACUUGAGAUCUUGAUAUGACGUUUCCUUAUUUUUUAAAGGGCUCUGCCAACUAAGCCACAAUGCUGGAGUCCUAUGUGACUCCCAUUCUAAUGAGCUAUGUCUAUCGCUACAUUAAGAACCUGAAGCCCUCUGAUCUGCAGCUGUCACUCUGGGGAGGAGACGUAGUCCUUAGCAAACUUGAACUAAAACUCGAUGUGCUUGAGCAGGAGCUGAAAUUACCAUUUACAUUUUUGAGUGGACACAUUCACGAACUACGAAUCCACGUACCAUGGACAAAACUCGGCUCCGAACCAGUUGUGAUUACAAUCAAUACAAUGGAGUGUAUCUUGAAGCUGAAGGAUGGCGUCCAGGAUGACCAUGAAAGCUGUGGUUCCAGUUCAACAAAUCGUAGUACCACAGAAAGUGCAAAAGCGGCAUCAAAACAGAGAAGAAUUCAGCAGGCUGCUCCUGACCCUGAUUUGCCACCAGGUUAUGUACAGAGUUUGAUUUGGCGUGUCAUAAAUAAUGUCAACAUUGUCAUAAAUAAUCUCAUACUGAAAUAUGUGGAGGAUGAUAUUGUUCUUUCAGUCAAUAUCACUUCAGCAGAAUGCUACACAGUGGAUGAAUUUUGGGAUCGAGCUUUCAUGGAUAUAUCUGCAACUGAUUUGGUAUUAAGGAAGGUAAUAAAUUUUUCUGACUGCACAGUUUGCCUAGACAAGAGGAAUGCCAGUGGCAAAAUUGAAUUUUAUCAAGAUCCGCUGCUAUACAAAUGUUCAUUCAGAACUCGACUACAUUUCACUUAUGAUAAUCUUAAUUCUAAGAUGCCAUCCAUUAUUAAAAUUCAUACUUUAGUUGAAAGUCUGAAGCUUUCCAUUACUGAUCAACAACUCCCUAUGUUCAUUCGUAUAAUGCAACUUGGGAUUGCACUAUACUAUGGAGAAAUAGGCAGCUUUAAAGAUGGAGAAAAUGAAGACCUGGUUUGUCACAGUAAGGAUGUUUUGGGGAACAUCUCAGGUUCAGAAGAUGAAAUGGGCCAUGAUAUACAAUAUGUGUCUUCAGAAUCUUAUGGUCAACCAGAUGAUUAUCAACAGCAGGGUUGGGUGUCUUGGGCCUGGUCUUUUGUACCGGCUAUUGUGGGUAGUGAUGAUGAAGAGGGAGAUUCUGUUGGGACAGAUGAUGGAAUGACCAUGCAUCAGCAGAAAUCAGCAAUGGUGAAGGAUCCUAUUGUUUCUAUUGGAUUUUACUGUACCAAGGCAACUAUAACUUUUAAGCUCACUGAAAUGCAAGCUGAAAGUAGUUAUUACAGUCCACAGAAAGUAAAAUCCAAAGAAGUAAUAUGCUGGGAACAAGAAGGAACUACGGUUGAGGUACUCAUGAGGGGAGAACCUUUCUUUGAUUGCCAGAUAGGCUUUGUUGGUUGCCAAGCUCUUUGUCUUAAAGGAAUUAUGGGAAUUAAAGAUUUUGAGGAGAACAUCAAUAGAAGUGAUGAAGAGGCCUACUUUUUCAGAUGUGGAGAAAAUCUGAGCAUAAAAGGCAUGACAUACCUUACCAAUUCACUAUUUGAUUACAGAAGUCCUGAGAACAAUGGGAUUCAUGCAGAAUUCAUUUUGGAUGAAGCUGCUCAUAAGGAGAUGUACACAGAGAUAGCUGGCAUGCAGAGAUUUGGGGCUUUCUACAUGGAUUAUCUGUACACAAUGGAAAGCACCAGUGGCAAAGUGUCUGGAAAUCAGCCAGAUGUGACUUCAGUGAAGAUUGAAGAUUUUGGAAGUGUUCAGGAGAUGUCUACAAAAGGCCUUAUUGUAGGCCCUCUCAGUCUUCGUCUUGAUAGCAGUGCUGUGCACAGGAUUAUGAAAAUGAUUGUUUGUGCUCUAGAACAUGAAUACGAGCCAUAUAGCAAGAUGAAGCAAGAUUUUGUAGAUGGAACUAAAGCUAUGCCAAGCCCAGAAGAAGUAUCAGCUUUGGAAGAAUAUAUUCCAACUCGAAUCACAAGCUUUACCAUUCUGAAAUGCACUGUUACAAUCCCUAUGGCUGAAUUCAACUUGCUGGGCCAUUUGCUGCCUGUAAUAAUGGGUCAAAAGAGUUCAAGCAGCUUUGUACAUACUACAAAUCUUCAGCCUUUACGUCCUCUGCCUUGUAUCCAGAUAUUGGUGGACAAGAUUGUCCUGGAACACUCUGUGCCAAUGUAUGCAGAACAGCUUGUGCAAACUGUCAGCAGCCUUAGCCAGCCAUCUGAUAACUUACUUCACUAUUGCUAUGCACACUGCUAUCUUAAGAUUUUUGGUUUUCAGGCAGUGCUGUCUUCAUUGGAUGUUAAUGGAUCUUACAGCUUGCCAGCUUCAGUUGUUCUCCCAUUCAGUACUGCUGCUUAUGGCAAAGUGCUUUCGCUUCCUAAAUAUUGGUCCAAGCGGUCUCAUGUUUCAAUGAAAGAAUGUAUAUUUGAGCUUCCAAAUCUGACAAUCCAAGCAACAAGAGCCCAGACCUUUCUACUGCAAACUAUUUGGCAGAGUUGGGCUUACAUUGGAAAUGUUAAUUCACCAGUUAUAAAUGAAGCUUUAGUGAAUGAGAUCUUCCAGCCAUCAGGUGUGAAAUCUAAGAAUCCCCUGCCAACUCUUGAGGGCUCAAUCCAGAAUGUUGAAUUGAAGUACUGCAGCACAUCAUUGGUCAAAUGUGCCUCUGGGACCAUGGGAUCAAUAAAAAUUUGUGCCAAAGCCCCAGGUGAUGGUGGAAAAGAAAAGCUGAUCCCUUUAAUUCAAGGCCCUUCUGAUACCAGAGACUUACACAGCAGCAAGUGGCUGAAUGAAAGCAGAAAGCCAGAAUCUCUCCUGGCUCCAGACUUAUUAGCCUUUACAAUUCAAAUCCCUCAGCACAAGGAUUACAGCUAUAGCUCUGGAGCUGUGCUUUUGGCCAGUGUGCAGGGGUUAACCAUCAACAUUGAUCCAGUCUUGUAUACCUGGCUUAUGUACCAGCCUCAGAAACGAAGCAGUAGACCUAUGCAACAGUCUGGAUCUGUUUCUCUUGGGACACCAGUAACUAGGAAAAAAGAGGAUGAUGUGUCCAUUGGAAGUACGCCUUUGGCCAAGCAGCAAUCAAAUCAGGCCUCUGAAUAUGCCAGCAGCCCUGUCAAAACAAAAACGGUAACAGAAUCUCGGCCUUUAUCAGUUCCAGUUAAAGCCAUGUUGAGCUCAUCUGAAAGCUGCAACAAAAGUCCCGAGGAAAGAAUGAAAGAAUGUAUUGGAAUUGUGUGGAAUGCAGUUAAGCGCCUUACACUACAGCUUGAAGUACAGUCCUGCUGUGUGUUUAUUCCAAAUGACAGUCUUCCAUCUCCCAGUACAAUGGUGUCUGGUGAUAUUCCUGGAACUGUUCGUAGUUGGUAUCAUGGGCAGGCCAGUAUGCCUGGAACACUUAUCCUUUGCUUACCCCAGAUAAAAAUUAUGAGUGCUGGCCACAAGUACAUGGAGCCCCUGCAAGAGAUUCCCUUUGUUGUGCAAAGACCAAUUAUUGAAGAAGGUGAUGCUUUCCCCUGGACUAUUAAUCUGAAUCAUUUCAGUGUGUACACUGUUCUCGGGCAGCAAAUGACUCUAAAUUUAAUAGAACCUAUGGGUUGCACUUCUACUCUGGCAGUCACAUCGCAAAAACUGCUUGCUGCAGGGCCUGAAUCCAGGCACUCGUUUGUUGUGUGUCUUCAUGUUGACCUUGAGUCGCUUGAAGUAAAAUGCUCAAAUCCUCAGGUGCAGUUGCUGUACGAACUGACAGAUACAAUGUACAAUGUCUGGAAUAAGAUUCAGAAGAAAGGCAUUUUGUAUCAGUCUGCAGCCUACACAGAAUCUGUUUCAGGGCCUGCACCUCCUAGCUCCCCUGUUAAAAGCAGUGUUGGGACAGCUCCGCCAGAUACCAGUACAUGUAGUCCAUCUGCUGACAUUGGAACAACGACAGAGGGUGAGUCUCUACAAGGUGGUGAUGAUUCUCCAUUCUCAGACUCUGUUACUUUAGAGCAAACAACAAGCAAUAUUGGCAUAUCAAGUGGACGUGUUAGUUUAUGGAUGCAGUGGAUGUUGCCAAAACUCACCAUAAAGUUGUUUGCACCAGAUCCAGAAAGCAAAGGCACAGAGAUUUGUGUUGUCGGUGAAUUGGAAGACCUUAGCGCCUCAGUAGAUGUGCAAGAUGUCUACACUAAAGUUAAGUGUAAAAUAGAAAGUUUCAACAUUGACCACUACAGGAACAGCUUUGGGGAAGACUCUUGGUCUCUGGGGAAAUGUGGAGGUGUCUUCCUUUCCUGUACUGACAAGCUGAACAGACGUACAUUGUUGGUUCGACCCGUCAGCAAGCAGGACCCUUUCAGUAACUUCUCUGGCUUCUUUCCCUCUACAACUGCAAAACUUUUGGAUGGAUCCCAUCAACAGCAUGGAUUUCUCUCCCUAACUUACACAAAGGCAGUCACAAAAAAUGUCCGUCAUAAAUUGAUUUCAAGAAAUGAACGAAGGACUUUGCAUAAAUUAUCUGAAAGUUUCACUGAUGGUUCUCCUCAUUUCCUUCAUGAGAUCCUUCUUUCAGCUCAGGCAUUUGAUGUUGUUCUUUGCUUUCCUUUUCUCAAUGCAAUUGCAAGCAUCUUUCAAGCAAAACUGCCGAAGAGCCAAAAAGAGAAAAGAAAAUCACCAAUGAGGACUCAUAUUCUCACAUCUCGCAAUCUGCCACUUAUUUAUAUCAACACAGGAGUAAUCAGAAUUUUCUUCCCCAAAAUGGAAGAGGUGCAGCAUAACAAUGAAGAUAACAAGGAGGAUACUUUGGUCCUUAAGAUUGGUUCUGUGUCUAUGGCCCCUCAGGCUGACAAUCCUCUUAGCAGAAUUGUACUUAGAAAAGAUAUUUAUCAGAGAGCACUGAACCUGGGAAUUCUCAGAGAUCCUGGAUCUGAGGUUGAAGAUAGACAGUAUCAAAUAGAUCUCCAGUCUAUCAACAUUGGUACUGCUCAGUGGGAUCAGCUGAAGCCAGAGAAAGAAAAUGGUAAAGGAAGGGCAUUGCCGGAGAAUGAAAGGAAUUCUCAAAAUCCAGCACUUGAAUGGAAUAUGGCCAGUAGCAUAAGGCGGCAUCAAGAACGGAGAGCAAUUUUAACUCCAAUUUUAACAGACUUUACAGUACGAAUAACUGCAGCUCCUGCCAUCAUUUUCACAAAAGUAAUUUCACCAGAAAAUUUGCACACAGAGGAAAUUUUAGUAUGUGGACAUUCUUUGGAAGUGAAUAUGACAACAAGCCUGGAUUUCUUCCUCAGUGUGGCUCAAGUUCAACUCCUACAGCAAUUAAUACAAGCUAAUAUGGUUGGAUUGGGACCAUCCAAUAAAGCUGCAGAGGUUUCCAAACAGGAGCAGAAAAAGACAGACACAUCUGAUGGAGGUAUGGUUGAAACAUCUUCACGUUACAGUGGAGCCCAGGACAGUGGCAUUGGCAGCGACAGCGUUAAAAUCAGAAUAGUCCAAAUAGAACAACACAGUGGCACCAGCCAACACCGUAUUGCCCGUCCCUCCCGACAGUCUUCUAUUGUGAAGAACCUGAACUUUAUUCCUUUUGACAUUUUUAUUACAGCAAGCCGUAUCUCCUUUAUGACUUAUUCAUGUAGUAGUUUACUUAAAUCAAAAUCAUUGGAAGAUCAGAAAGAUGGUGAAAAAACAAGCAAAAGUUCAUUAAAUUUUCCAGAAACAGAUUUGGGUGUGGAUCGUGAUUGCAAGAAAAUCAGUGGAGCAGGUAUUUCAUCAGUAACAGCAGAUGAUCUCCUGAACAGUAACAGUUUGUUAACCUCUGGGAAGAAGGCAGGUCUUUUGUCACUGGAAAGCCUUCAUGCAUCCACAAGAUCAUCUGCUAGACAAGCCUUGGGUAUAACUGUUGUUCGACAGCCUGGUCGCAGAGGAACUGGUGACUUGCAGUUGGAGCCAUUUUUGCAUCUUGUUGUAUCUCAACCUUCUUUGAUCUUAAGCUGUCAUCACAGAAAACAGAGGGUGGAAAUAUCUGUGUUUGAUGCCAUCCUUAAAGGUGUAGCAUCGGACUACAAAUGUACAGAUCCUGGGAAAACUCUGCCAGAAACUCUUGAUUACUGCAAGACAUGGUUACAGACAGUGGCAGGAGAAAUGGAUGAUAAAAGUGGUAUCCCACCUCCUCUCAUCACACUACAGAUUAAAGACUUUCUCAAUGGGCCAGCUGACAUAAAUGUAGAUAUAUCAAAACCUCUGAAAGCAAAUUUCAGUUUUGUCAAACUAGAUCAAAUAAAACAAUUUCUGCAAAAGAUCAGACGCAAAAGUGAUUAUGACACCCAGGAGGAGAAUGUUUCAGCAGCUGAUAGCCUUUCAAAGAAGGAUGACACACUAACAUCCCAGUGUUACAAAAGCAGAGUUUCUUUCUCUGAAGAUUAUAGUGAUGGAGGGCAAAAGAUUUCAACCCAAGAAAACCUUUGGAUGGGCAUUUCAUGUUGUCAGAAGAUUUCUGUUCACACCACUCAGAUGGUGGUUUCUGUGGAAACUCGGCCAGAUCCUAGGAAACCCUGCCUCUUAGUAUCUGUAUCAAACCUCAGUGGAAAUCUGAAUGUCAAAGCUAACGCAAAGACUAAAGGUAUAAUUAAUGGAUCAUCAUUUAUGCUUGAUAUCACUGAUUUCCUUAUUAAGACAAGUCUCCAGGAAAAAAGCAGAACUCUGGUUGGACCUGUCUAUUUUUCUGUCACCGUAGAAGCUAAAUGGUGUAAGCACAGUGGCAAUCCUGGUCCAGAGCUGUCAGUUCCAAAAGUCCAUGUUGAUGUGAGAGGUGGACUGAUGCAGGUUUUUUGGGGACAAGAGCAUUUGAACUGCUUAGUUCUUCUGCAUGAACUUCUGCAAGGUUACCUUGUACAAGAAGACAAAAAAGAGGGGCAGAGCACUGAUCAAAUACAUCUGACACAGAUUCCCAUGGACAGAAACCAGGGUUCUAAAACUGAACAUACAUCAGAUGAUCUGAGAACAGGCUUGUUCCAGUACAUACAAGAUACAGAGGCGCAGAAACUACCCAGUGCCUAUGAAGUUGUGUUUUACAAUGAAACUGAGGAUAGUCCAGGAAUGAUGUUAUGGAGAUACCCAGAACCCAGAGUCCUUACUCUUGUGAGAAUCACUCCAGUUCCUUUCAACACCACUGAAGAUCCAGAUAUUAGCACUGCAGACCUUGGAGAUGUUCUUCAGAUUCCCUGCAGCUUGGAAUACUGGGAUGAGCUCCAGAAGUCAUUUGUUGCAUUCAGAGAAUUCAGCCUAUCGGAAAGCAAAGUUUGUGAACUACCACUGCCAAGUAUCAACCUAAUGACUGACCAAAAAGAGCUUGUAGCCUCAGAUCUUUGGAGGAUUGUCCUGAACAGCAACCAGAAUACAGGGGAAGACCAGAGCUCUGAAAGUGAAUCGGGUUCACAGAGUGCAUGUGACCAGCUUGUGACGCCUACUGCCUUGGCAGCCUGCACCCGGGUGGAUUCAUGCUUUACCCCCUGUUUUGUGCCUGCUCUUGGAGUUUCAGUCCAGUUUGCUCAUUUGGAGCUUCACCUCUGCCACCAUCUUGAUCAUCUGGGCACAGUGCCACCAAAAUUCCUCCAUCCAUUCAUCUCCGAUAAGAAUGUUCCACCCGAGCUAGAAUACUUGAUCAUUUCUUUCAAGGAACCACAUAUCUAUCUGCGGCAGUGGAGUGAUGGAUCGAUCUUCAAGGAAAUCCAAUUCUCUACUAGGAUUGACUGCAAACUUUUGGAAUAUCGAAAUGUAACCAUGCAGGCUGUUGUGAAGCCCUUCAGCGUGUUGGGGCAGAUUGCUGUUUCUGGCAAUUUAGUGGAAAAGCUACUGGAGUGCAGUGUGAUGGUGGAUCCUGUGUUUGUCAGCUUUGGGCAACAUGCUGUUCACUCUCUGCAUAAAACCAUUCAAGCUUGGCAACAGAACCAGUGCCCUGAGGCAGAAGAGUUGGUCUUCAGCCAUUUUGUAAUCUGUAAUGACACACAGGAGACACUGCGGUUUGGCCAGGUGGAUACUGACGAAAAUGUUUUGCUGGAUAGCCUCCGCAGUCACCAGUACAGCUGGCGCUCUCACAAGUCCCCGCAGCUGCUACAUAUCUGCAUUGAAGGUUGGGGGAAUUGGCGGUGGUCUGAGCCAUUUGGUGUAGAUAAUGCAGGAACAUUUAUCAGAACGAUUCAGUACAAGGGAAGGACGGCAUCACUUAUCAUCAAGGUCCAGCCACUCAAUGGAGUUCAAAAACAAAUCAUUAUUUCUGGAAGACAGAUUGUAUGUAGUUACCUCUCUGAAAGCAUUGAACUGAAAGUUGUUCAGCAUUACAUUGGACAAGAUGGGCAGGCAGUUGUGAAGGAACAUUUUGACUGCCUUGAACCCAAACAGAAACUACCUUCAUAUGUCCUUGAAAGCAAUGAGCUAACAGAAUUGAGUGUGAAAGCUAAAGGAGAAGAAGACUGGUCAAGAGAUGUGUACCUUGAAUCUAAACACACUGAAUAUAGUACAGUCAUUCAGGUGCCAUCAUCAAACAGUUCUAUUUAUUUGUGGUGCAUGGUUUUGACAUUAGAGGCCAACUCUCAAGUACAUCAACGAAUUAUAGUUUUCAGCCCUCUCUUUAUCAUGAGGAGCCAUCUUCCAGAUCCCAUCAUCAUACACUUAGAGAAAAGAAGCCUGGGAUUGAAUGAAAUGCAAAUGAUUCCAGGAAGAGGGGAAGAAAAACCCUUGCAAAAUAUAGAACCUGAUCUCACCCAUCACUUGACCUUCCAAGCCAGGGAAGAAGAUGAUCCCUCUGAAUGUGCAGUCCCUAUUUCAACAGCACUCAUUAAGCAGAUAGCCACCAAAUCAAAUAUCGGGGGCACUGCAAAUGAGAUACUUGCUGAGUUCUAUGGGUGUAGCCUCUCCCCCCAACCUGAGUGGCCUUAUACAAAGAAGGAUUGUGUCAGCAGUGAACAGCUCACUCAGUGGGAUAGCCCAAUGCGAGUGAAGCUGUCAGUGUGGAAACCAUGUGUGAAAACUCUGCUGAUAGAACUCCUGCCAUGGGCUCUACUGAUCAAUGACUCCAAGUGGGAUCUUUGGCUGUUUGAAGGCGAGAAGAUUGUUCUGCAGAUACCUGCUGGGAAGACAAUGAUACCGCCAAACUUUCAGGAAGCUUUCCAAAUCGGAAUAUACUGGGCAAACACAAACACUCUGCACAAAUCAGUAGCAAUCAAACUAGUCCACAACAUGACCUCACCAAAGUGGAAGGAUGGAGACAAUGAGGAAGUGGUAACACUGGAUGAAGAAGGGUUUGUUGAAGCUGAGAUAAGACUUGGAGCCUUUCCAGGACAUCAGAAGCUGUGUCAGUUUUGCAUUUCUUCCAUUGUUCAACGUGGUGUUCAGAUCCUGCAGAUCGAAGACAAGAGUAUUAUCAUUAAUAAUACUCCAUACCAAAUCUAUUAUAGACCACAGUUAUCGAUUGUGAAGUCCCAGCUGAGAGAGGAGUACUUACAUGUUCCAGACAGUAGUACAUUCAGCAUCUGCUCGGCUGCAGAACUGGACACUCCCAAAACAAGUUCCAUUCUUUUUUGGGACCUGAUGCCUGAUGUUAGCCAGUCAAUUUCAGACAUGCUCCCUCUUCAAAAGUAUAUAUUGCUAAGCUUCAAACAUAGCAUAAAUGAUCACACUACUCCGUGCUGGAGCCCACCAGCUGUUAUUAGACAGGAAUUUCCAAGGCAAAGCAUAGCCAUACCUGUUGGAGAGAGAAAUGAAAAUGGGUUCUGCACCAGAGCUAUAGCACUGACUUAUCAGGAGCAUCUUGGGGUGAUGUACUUAACUCUAUCGGAAGAUCCAAGUCCUCGCAUAAUUAUCCACAACAGGUGCCCUGUCUCAUUGCUUGUAAAAGAGAACAUCAAAGACACACCAAAGUUUGAUGUUUACUGUAAGCGUGUUCCAGCCGAAAGUUCGGUACACCAUGAGCUGUAUCAUCAAGUCUCCAGCUAUCCAGAUUGCAAAAGCAAAGAUCUGGUACCCAGCAUCCUUUUGAAAGUCAUAUCGUCUGAAGAAACGAAUGAAUGGAGUGAUUUUGUGGACAUUAAUAACCAAGGCACACAGAUUGUAUUUUUAACUGGCUUUGGCUAUGUGUAUGUGGACAUUGCUCAUCAGUGUGGAACAAUAAUAAUAAUGUUAGCACCUGAAGGGAGACCAGGACACCAGAUUAACUUGAACAGAACGCAAGAGCAGAACCUCAUGUUUAAAAUGUUCAUCAGUCAGCUGAGCCUUGCUGUGUAUGAUGAUAUCACAAACCCAAAAACAUCAUCUGAACUUCUGCGGUUCACAGUGGACAACAUAUACAUUCGUAUGGUUCCAGUUGCCAGCUACCUUAGACCUCUCUCUCAUGAAUUUCAUGGAGAGGUCAACAAUGGUCUUCAGCAGUUUUAUACUCUCCAGCUCUAUUGUGGAGACUUGCAGCUGGACAAUCAGCUUUACAGCAAAUCCAAUUUCCAUUUUCCAGUCCUGCUGUGCCAAGGAGAGAAAAAUGAAACUACACAGUGGACCAAAGUGCACAGCCUCAUGGUAUCCAACAAAGACCUGGAAGAAUAUCAUGAGAACUCCUUCAUCAAACUCAGCCUCACUUUGUCAGAAGAGCAGAAUUUGCUGUUUCAUGUGAAUGACCUCAGCUUUGAAAUCAAGCCAGCCAGGUUAUACGUGGAAGACACAUUUGUUUAUUACAUUAAGACUUUAUUUGAGACAUACCUGCCAGACAGCAAAAGAGUUUACCAUUCCACAGAAGCCUCAGCUCUUAGCCGGAUACUGCCUGAACGGGUGAAGCAGCAUGCAAAUGCUUUGGUCAAUCCAGUAAAGUUGAGGAAGUUAGUAAUCCAGCCGGUUAACCUCUUGGUCAGUAUCCAUGCCUCACUGAAACUAUAUAUUGCUUCGGAUCACACUCCUCUCUCCUUUUCCAUGUUUGAACGAAGACCCAUUUUCACAACUGCCAGGCAACUCAUUCACGCGUUGGCUAUGCACUACGCUGCAGGAGCCUUAUUUAGAGCAGGUUGGGUUGUUGGAUCUCUGGAAAUCCUGGGCAGUCCAGCCACCUUGGUAAGAAGCAUAGGCAAUGGGAUAGCUGACUUCUUCCGGCUCCCAUAUGAAGGGCUCACUCGUGGUCCAGGAGCUUUUGUUAGUGGAGUUUCCAGAGGGACAACAUCGUUUGUAAAGCACAUUUCCAAAGGUACACUGACAUCCAUUACCAACCUGGCAACAAGCCUUGCUCGGAAUAUGGAUAGGCUGUCUUUGGAUGAGGAACAUUACAACAGGCAAGAGGAAUGGAGAAGGCAGCUCCCUGAGAAUCUGGGAGAAGGGCUGAGACAGGGCCUCUCUCGAUUAGGCAUCAGCCUUCUAGGUGCAAUUGCUGGUAUUGUAGACCAGCCAAUGCAGAACUUCCAGAAAACCUCAGAGGCCCAGGCUUCAGCUGGACACAAGGCCAAAGGUGUCAUCUCUGGUGUAGGUAAAGGAAUCAUGGGAGUUUUUGCCAAGCCCAUUGGAGGAGCAGCUGAGCUAGUUUCACAGACAGGCUACGGUAUUUUGCAUGGAGCUGGCCUCUCUCAGCAUCCCAAGCAGCGCUAUCCUCCGAGCGAUCAACAUGCAGAGCAGGCACCAAAUAGCCACAUCAAAUAUGUUUGGAAAAUGCUUCAGUCUCUAGGGAGACCAGAGGCUUACAUGGCCCUAGAUGUGGUAAUUGUGAGUGGAUCAGGCCAGGAACAUGAAGGAUGUUUGCUGCUUACCUCAGAGGUGCUGUUUGUGGUUAGCAUCAGCGAAGACACACAGCAACAGGCAUUUCCAGUGACAGAAAUUGAGUGCGUGCAAGACAGUGAGCAAAGCAACCUGCUGAAAGUGCAGCUCAAACAACAACGAGUCCCCUGUGAUUUGGAGGCAGAUGGAGGUAGAGAGAGAUUAUCUGAACAGCAGUACAACAGACUUGUGGACUACAUCACAAAAACUUCCUGUCACUUCGUGCCUGGCAUUUUAUCUGUGCAAACCAUGGCACACGUCGUUGCUGCAGAGCCAGCUCCGACGACACUUAAGAUUUAUCAGUAUCUUGUUGAUCCCGUUUUUGCCCAAGUGUUUAUCAGUAAAUUUACUAUGGUAAAAAAUAAAGCUUUGAGAAAGGGGUUUCACUGAAAACUGUCUGCAGGAAGAAUUGUGUUUUCCGUUUUUAAAGUAGCACCUUCUAUGCAGUUGCCUAAUGUGAACUUUUAAUUCCACAUCACAUGAAACAGAUGUGUUUCAACAUUGUGAGUCGGUGGAGUUGCACGUGUGUGUGUGUGUGUGUGUGUGUGUGUGUGUAUAUAUAUAUAUAUAUAUAUAUAUAUAUAUAUAUAUAUCCCAGUCUGUAUGGAACAUGCUGAUUUCUAAUAUCUCUUAUAAAGUGAAACUGCAGGAAAUAUUUAAGUGAUGCAUCAUAUCUUGUUGUAAGCUAAGCUGUCAAGUAAAGGGAAAUGUACAGCUUUAUAAGACGACAGUGAAAAUCCUUUGUCCCAACUGGAAGUCAGACCUAUGUGGAUAAGGGAAACACUGCACAUUGAGGCGUUCUUGCCCCACAAAGAAUAUCCCUGUUUGCUCUGUCCUAUUUUAGGGUCUGCCAGUUUGUGUUAUAAACAAGGUUUAUAACUCAGCUGUAAAAACUUGCUCAGGGCUGAAAUUUUUACUCCAAGUGCUCUAUCCUAUAGCAAAACAUUUCCUCCCACUCAGUCUGAGAGCAUUGAAGUGGCUGUUUUAAGUUACUAGUGACAGCUGGGUUUUAGCAGUGCCCUAACCUUUAUAAUAGCUUUCUUUAUUUGACUGAAAUUUUGCAGGACUAUAGUCCUUAAUAUAAACGAGUGCCUUUGUGUAAUUUGGAAAGCAAAAUAGUAACUACAGCAUUAAUUUAUUUUUGAAACUUCCUUUCUAUAGAAAUCUUAUUCCCCAGUCAGAUUUUUCUGAAGACUUUCAAAUGUAUAUGCUGUUGUGGGUUGUUUGGCAAUAUAUAAUUAUGCAAGAAAUGCCAUUGAUUAUUGUUGUGGGACCACUAAUGCAUUUAUAAAGCUUUACUGUAUCAAAACUAGUGUACCAAACACUAAUAAUUUGGUACACUAUUUUAGUGUACCAAAAUGCUAAGAAUAUCACUCCUUUUCAGAAAGUUCAUCAUCACAAUAAAAGCUCAAAAAAUUCAUUUUAAAAUGGAGGGACUUGCUAAACUAUGAAACUGAUUUCUAGCAACUUCAAGGUUCUGCUUUUGAUGCUCUUGUCUCUAGCAAUCUGAUUUUUUGAUAGGAGUUUUUUCAAAGCUUUCCCCCUUCCUGUAAUGAAAGGGAGACUCAUUAAAUUUUUUUUAAAAACCAAACUAACUACAUCAAAAAUGUUAUUGAAUACAGAACGGAUACAGGGAACAAUCUAUGCCUUCUGUGUUACAGCCUGAUCUAGAACAUCAUAUAAAGUAAAAUCCUUGAUGGGGCUCACUUCUAUUAGAGCUAUAAAUUCAGAGCCUGCUUACGAGAUCCUUUAUCAACCUAAUCCAGUGGCUUCUUACACUCAAGAGUUCCCAGAGAACAUUUAAUUGCCUAAAUCAAGGCCUGUGCAUUUUGGAUUUUAGUACUGGGUGUCUUCAGAGAAAUGUGAUUUUGCUUUAGACAUUUCUAUUUUACAGUUUGACUUUAGAAGAACCAUUGUUUCCAUAACAGAUUUAUUUGUGGAUUGAAAUAAGCUCAGUAGGCUUCAGUUUGAGAACAUCUACUUGAUGUAAGUUCUUGGCUAUUGUCUGUUUCUGCUUCAAAACUCUUGUCCUAAAUGGUGGUUCUUCUGGUUUCUCCACUUUCCAGGGCAAAAGUUCAACACUAUUCUGUGCAGAAUAUACGUUUAGGAAUUUUUGUUACAUCAGAAACUGAAAUCAAAUCAAGCCUUUAACAACCGUAUAAUUUCACUGGCAUCUCCUGUACAUAUGUGGCAGUCUAAUAAUGUGUUCAUUUCCAUAUGCUUUUCAUGUGUCCCAUUUUGUUAAAAAUUACUUUUAGAGGCCACUUUCUUGUCUCUUGAUUAUGCUGAAUACCAAGUAAGUACACCCACUGUUAACAUUUCAUACAGUGCUCUGUCAAACUGUUUGUUGUCUACCGUUUAUUUAAAAAUGCUUUUGUUUCAUUUCUGGAUCUUUUAUGGAAAAUAAAGAAUUCUAUUGCUAGUUUUGCA